AUGGAAUCCAUAUCUGAAUGGAGGAGCAUCGUAGUUGAGAAAAAACGUCUCUACGAAGGUGAAGAUCCGUCACCAACUCCGACACCGACAUCACUACAGCAGCAGCACCACCAACAUUUUCCAUCGCCUCCUCUUGUUUCUUCUUCUUCAUCAUCAUCAUCGAUUUCUCCGACAUCUUCUUUGGCUUCCAUUUCUGUCUCAGCAUCAUCCUAUCCCGUUUGGAAGCAGAAACGAAAACAAGCACAUAAUGACAUCAACAACCUGGCUGUUUCGUUUGAUGACAACAACUCACUGACCACAACCAACCCUGCUCUCUCAAGAUCACCCAACGCCCCGGACCCUAAUAGUAACGACUCUUUUGGAAACACUAAUUUGAUUCAAUCUCCGGACAUGAGUCCAAUUUCGAUUUCGUCAACGGCAGCAAAUGCCGAUGGCAGCACCAAUGGUGGAGAAAAAUUGAUUGAUGAUGAUCGACUCAUACCGGUCCAUGACAAUCCUUUCUUUGUGAAAGAUGGCAAAAAGAUGAUAGGACAACGCAUUGACAAAAAGGACUUAAGUGGUCAGUUGGACUGUAGUAAUGACUGCAACAAUAUCAACAAUCGUUAUGACUUUACUAAUUCACUGGACGAUACUGAUAUGGAGUACCGACCAGGAUCCGGUUUUGUUAGUCGGCUAAAAGAUAAAUUUGCAUCCAUGAGUACUAAAGAGGAUGUAGCUAUAUUACGUCCUAAGAGGUCAUCCAGCGUAGAGAAUCUGUUGGAUGGUCGGCCCAAAUCACAUCCAUUCAAUGGUGGGGACUUACGUCUGACGGACACAAGGCGGAAAUUAAGAGAAGGCCGCGCUGUGAGCGUUGAGAAUUUGAACCACACCAUGGAUAAGAGUAGCCCAACUUCACCUCUGACCUUGGAGCUUAAGUCAAAAAGGGAUAUAAAGCCAAAAACCAAGGCUGAAGAUAGCAACAGUAGUGCUAGUACUAUUAUGCAAGAUCGAGAUAUUGUGAUCAUUGAAAAAACACCUGCAGUCAGCACUCCAACACCAUUGUCUCCUCCCAAUGUAGAAAUUAAACACCAACUUUGCACUGCAGCUUCUAUAGAGGAACAAACUGUUGAUAAUGAACUUCCCAAACCUAAUACUGUCUCAUCGUUUCGGAGUUUGUUUGAAAAUUCCAAAUCUAACAACAACAAUGAACCGUUUAUUGGAGCUGAUGUGAAACUUGAAAGAAGCUGCAUUGCAAAAACCAAAACAAAGAAGCAUAAAGUGUGUUUUCGUGAUUCCCUGAGUACCUUACAUGACUACCCAUCAGAGGAGUUGAUGCUGGAAGACUACUUGGAGGAGCAUCCCGAAGAGAGGCAGUUGCUGCUGGACAGCCAUGGCUUUGCAGAAGGGAAUGCUGAAUCUACAGAUGAUGGAUCAGAAUCUGAUGAUACCAGCCCCAAUCUUCAUGAUGGAAUGAUGUCCAACAUGGCUCUCUCUUCAUCAGGAGGUUUGUCCACUUACCGCUCAAAAUAUCAGAUGGACUAUGAAUUUGGUAUGCAGUUAGAAGAGCAUCAGCCACCUCCAACUCCUGUUGAAAAUACAAGAGAAGUUGAUAUGAUGCAGCUGAGACCUGCCGAUGAAAAAGAUUUAAACUCUUGGUCUGAAUCCUCCAGUUCAGACAUUUUAUUCUAG